AUGAAGCGGCUCUCGAUGCAGGCCAUUUGCGCAGUCCAGGGUUCGUCUUCAUACGGCCAUGGCGAUGAUGAGGAGAGAACGCUGAUAAAGGCGUUGGUUAUGGCGGGUGAUGAAUGGGAGAGGAAUGUGGGUAUCGCAAAUGCUGUAGCAGAAGCCAUUUUCACUUUUCACGCCGCUGUACUCUAUUUCGCCGCCUUCCACUGGGCUUCUGAGAUUCUCCGGCAGGCAUCCCCUGGCCGCUUGGCCUCUUUCCGUUGUUGCAGCUUCCCUCUCCUUGAUGCGCAAUUGAUUGAAGUUCGCCCAAAUCCAAGCCGCCUGCUCCGGUGCUGCGAUGAGGGGAUGGUGCUGCCCUCUUGCUCCGGUGCUGCGGUUCGUUUCGCGAUUAUUGACCACCGUGGAGCUGCGGCGGGUUUUGGACGAGGUGCGGCUCAGCGGGAAGGGGUCGGGUGCAGCUCCGGCGGCUUGCGGCUUCUAGUCGGAGUGGCUAGGGCUGAUACUUCGGCUCGGCUCCCACUCCUGGUUUUCUGA